AUGCUGUCGCCAAUUGUUUACCAAUUGGGCCACCAGCCCAUCAAGGACCACGCAUUUUCGCCAUCUUUCGAUCUUUUGGCUGUUACCAAAGGAAACGUUGUCGAAUUGUAUCAGACUUCGCCCAAUUCCUCGGCAAAGCCUUCACUUGUGACUGAGUUGAAGGGCCAUGACAAAACCGUCACCUCCGUAGACAUCUCACCAGAUGGAUCCAAGAUUUUGACCUGUUCGCAGGACAGAAACGCUUUGGUAUGGGAAUGGAACGAUUCCUCCAGAGAGUUCAAGCCUACGUUGGUGCUUUUACGUAUCAACAGAGCUGCUACCGUGUGUAAGUGGUCGCCCAGCGGAGACAAGUUUGCUGUGGGUUCUGCAGACCGUGUGAUUGCAGUUUGUUACUACGAGGAGGAAAACGACUGGUGGGUGUCGAAACACUUGAAGAAGCCACUCAAAUCCACCAUCACCAGCUUGGCAUGGCACCCUAACAACGUUCUCUUGGCCUCCGGCUCAACGGAUGGCCAUGUGAGGGUUUUCUCUGCCUUCAUCAAGGGUUUGGAUGAGAAACCAGAGCCUUCGGUGUGGGGCUCCAAGUUGCCUUUCCAAACGCUUGUUGGUGACUAUACCAACGAGACCGGUGCAUGGAUCCAUGAUGUCACCUUUAACGAUGACGGAGCAGGCAACUCGUUGGCAUAUGUCAGUCAUGAUGGUACGGUUUCGAUUGUGUAUCCACAAGGGGAAGGGUUACCACCCACUGCGUUUAUCACAGUUAAAACCAACUACUUAGCGUUCAAAUCCAUUCUCUAUUUGCACGACAAGAUCAUUGUGGGCGGCCACAACUGUAACUUGAUCGUUUUCCAGGGUGAUGAGAACGGAUGGGCAGAGGCAUACCAUGUGGAGAAACAGAAGGAUUUAAUCCACAAUGUGGUCGAGUUGGCCGAGGAAGAUGUGGAGAUCUCAAGUCAAGAUGCACUUAACAUGUUCAAGCAGAUGGACUUGAAGGGUAGAGUUAACAAGCCUAGCCAGAAGGGUUCUGGUAAGGCGUUGAGUACCACCCACCAAAACACAAUCUCCAGUAUCAGAUGGUAUGAUGGAGGAAAGGUUUCGACUUCUGGGAUUGACGGCAAGGUUGUAAUUUUCUCAAUCUAG